CCACAAGAGCUCGAGCCGCCUCUACUUGCGUACGCGGCUUCCAGGAGAGACGCAUGUUUCCGUUUCUCCUCUCUCGAUCGCUCGUAUAUUCUAUCUCUCUCCCCUUGUGUCUUUUCUCCUUGUCACUCCCAUUUUUUUGGGCGUGCGCGCAGCUGCUCCCAGCCGCAGUCGCCGACUAAGUAUCAAUCAGCGCACAGCCACCGCCGGCACCCACAGCUUUUUUUUUCGAGGGACUACUUAUCCAAGCUACCAAAAUGGCCAAGAGGAGCGACAAGGAGCAGCCCUCGUUAUCACUCAAGGGGUUUAAUCCUCAUUUAGCUUUUGCAAUUGGUGCAGCAGCAUUGGGAUCUUCUUUUCAACAUGGUUUUAAUACUGGAGUUGUCAAUUCACCAGCAACCGUGAUUCAGCCAUGGAUUGCGGAGUUAAAAAUGAACCGUAGUGACGUCCCAUUGAAUAAAGAGUCGCUGGAAGCUGAUGUUACGGUGACAUGGGCGAUAGCGGUGGCAAUAUUCUGUGUGGGUGGAAUGAUCGGCGGUGCUCUGGUAGGUACUGCGGCCGACCGUUUCGGUCGAAAGGGUAGCCUUCUUCUGAACAAUAUCUUCGUCGUGGCCGCGGUAUUCUUUGAAGCAUUGGCUAAGCCCUUGGCUAGUUACGAGCUGAUAAUCCUUGGGCGUUUCCUUAUUGGCAUCAAUUCAGGCCUUAACGCUGGUCUCUCGCCCAUGUACCUCGCAGAAAUAUCACCUAUGCACCUACGUGGUGCCGUUGGCACGGUUUAUCAGUUGAUCAUCACAAUUUCCAUUUUGGUUGCCCAAGUGCUAGGUAUGAACAAGCUUAUGGGUACUACCGAGCUUUGGCCUUGGCUUUUCUCUCUCACAAUUGUUCCAGCCAUCGUUCAACUAAUCACGCUGCCAUUCUGCCCCGAGAGUCCAAAAUACCUUCUAUUAAGUAAGGGCAGAGACAUGGAUGCUCAACGAGCGCUAACAUGGCUGCGAGGCACCAUUGAAGUUCACGAUGAAAUGGAAGACAUGCGUUCCGAAUAUGAAUCAAUUAAACUUAUUCCUAGAGUCACUUUAACUGAACUAAUAAUGAAUUCGUCUCUUCGUAUUCCACUCUUCAUCUCCAUAAUGAUUAUGUUGGCACAACAAUUAUCUGGUAUCAAUGCAAUUAUGUUUUACUCGACCAAUAUCUUUGAGAUGGCUCAGCUGGAUGCUGAACAAGCUCAAAAUGCUACGAUAGGAGUUGGCGUUGUAAACGUCUUAAUGACAUUUAUCUCCAUGAUCCUUGUUGAAAAAGCUGGACGUAAGACUUUACUGCUGAUUGGUUUCUUCGGCAUGUUUCUUGAUACGAGUCUACUAGCAGUCUGUCUUUUAUUUAAAAGUCACGCUGCAGCAUCGAUAUUGGCUGUCGUACUCGUCGUUCUGUUCAUCGUGCUGUUCGCUACGGGACCAGGCAGCAUACCCUGGUUCCUAGUUUCAGAGCUGUUUAACCAGUCAGCACGACCGACGGCGACGUCCGUUGCUAUUGCUAUCAAUUGGGGUGCCAAUUUUCUUGUGGGUAUAAUGUUUCCGCCGUUAGCCGCAGCCAUAAACUCAAACGUCUUCUUCGUAUUCGCUGUGCUUCAAGGCCUUUUUACCGUGUUUAUCUGGCUAAAGGUACCAGAGACGAAGAAUAAGUCAAUCGAAGAAAUUAGUAGUAUGUUCAGGCAGCAAUCCUACCAAUGAAUGACCUCGGCGCGGGAAUUUUGUUUUCUGCAUUUCCUUAACUCGAUAACAAAAGGGGCGACCGAUCUUUCAUUUUUAAACUUCUCUCCUACGGUAUAUGCUUUUUUUUAAUUUUUUUUUUUUUUUUUUUUUUUGAGUAUCGAGAGCCAAGGAAAACGAACAAUUAUUGAAAAACCAAGAGAUAAAUAAACGAGACAACAGCUAUACAACUUAGUUCCUAUGUGUUUUAAACACCGCGUCCGAGAAAGCAAAAGUAAAUUGAGGCUGUUACUGAUACACGACACCCAUUAAAGUCACGAAGAAAUUUCGGUUAUCUGAUAAUGUGAAUAAUUAUGAACAACUAAAUAUACAUAUUAAAUACACACACGAACAUCCGCGUAAAUACAUAUGCAGAUACACACACGUAUAUAUAUAUAUAUAUAUAUAUAUAUAUAUAUAAUACGAGCGUAAAGAUCAAGUAAGUUUGGUCGAAAUUAUCUUUCGCUAGGUAUAACGAUACGUGUUGAUACGUAUUGACGCGUCGUUUUAGGGGGUUUUGACUCUAGUCAUGAACAAAUAUAGUAGAAAAAUGAGUAAUGUAUGUACAUGAUGAAAAAUGAAAUAGUUGCGCUUUUUUCCAGUUUUAUACUUAUUCAAUUAUGUACUUUUUUUACUAAAAACAAAACAAAA